UGCCCCAGUGGUGCGCCACGCUCAACAUCCACCGUGGAGAUGCCACCUGCUACUCACCACGGGGCAGCUCCUACCGCAGCAGCCUGGGGACACGCUGUGAGCUGAGCUGUGCCCGUGGGUACCGCCUGGUGGGGCCCAGCUCUGUCCUGUGCCUGCCCAACCGCCACUGGUCUGGGAUGGCAUACUGCCGACAAAUCCGGUGCCACGUGCUGCCGGCGGUGCUGCGGGGCUCCUACGAGUGCUCAGCUGGAGUGCAGAUGGAUUCCCGCUGUGACUACACCUGCCUGCCUGGCUAUCAGCUGGAGGGAGACCGGAGCCGUGUCUGCAUGGAGGACGGGCGCUGGAGCGGGAGCGAGCCAAUCUGUGUAGAUAUGGAGCCUCCCAAGAUCCGCUGUCCAGACUCUCGGGAGCGGAUAGCCGAGCCAGGCAAGCUGACUGCCACCGUCUACUGGGACCCUCCCCGAGUGAAGGACUCUGCUGAUGGUGUCAUUAAGAGGGUGAUGCUGCGGGGCCCGGAGCCUGGCUCCGAAUUCCCUGAAGGAGAGCAUGUGAUCCGCUACACCGCCCACGACCAGGCGUACAACCGAGCCAGCUGCAAGUUCAGCGUCCGCGUCCAAGUCAGGCGCUGCGCUGUCCUGAAGCCUCCGCAGAACGGGUACAUCUCCUGCACUUCUGAUGGCAACAACUACGGUGCCACGUGCGAGUACCUGUGUGAUGGGGGCUUCGAGCGCCAGGGCACCUCACUGCGGGUCUGCCAGUCCACCCAGCAGUGGACAGGCUCCCAACCCCGUUGUGCACCCAUGCAGAUCAACACAGCUGUGAACUCAGCUGCCAGCCUGCUGGAUCAGUUCCACGAGAAACGUCGCCUCUUAGUCAUCUCGGCCCCUGACCCCUCUAACCGCUACUACAAGAUGCAGAUCUCCAUGCUGCAGCAAGCUGCCUGCGGGCUAGACCUGCGCCACGUCACCACCGUUGAGCUGGUGGGGCAGCCCCCACACGAGGUGGGACGCAUUCGGGAGCACCAGCUGUCCCUUGGCAUCAUCGAGGAGCUCAGGCAGUUCCUGCACCUCACCCGCUCCCACUUCAACGCGGUGCUGCUGGACAAGGCCGGCACCGACCGCGAGCGCUACAUCUCCCCCGUCAACCCCGACGAGCUCUUCGUCUUCAUCGACACAUACCUGCUGAGCGAGCGGGAGGCAGCUCGGCGGGGCACCCCUCCUGGGAACUGCUUUGGCAGUAGACUAUUAACUUGA